CUUUGUACGAAGCCACAUGUUGUCCCUCUCCCAUGAAAUAAUAUCUCGGUGAAAAUGAUUAUUGUUCACUUAUGAAAAUACCCACCUUGUGACUGUUCUGUUGGGUAAUGCAUUAGAUGCUAUACACAGAUCUGUGGUAUAGCAGGCAGCAAAGGCCUUGGGCUGGUGUCAUUGAGGGAGAGACGGUCUCCUUCUUCCUAGUGAUUCAGCACAAUUUUUUUUUUCCGUACAGAAGCUGGACAGCUCUGCUGAGGCAGCUCCUGCAGCUGAAUUUCCUUCUCUGCAGAACUGGUAACCUCCAUUCCUAAGCGCCGGUCACACCCAUCCCUGCUUUCUGAAGGUCUUUUCCUCCCAAUCUCCUAAUGCAGCACAUACUGUAGCAUGCCUGUCACCUCUUAUCUGUGUGUCCGUGCUACACCAGAAAGGUCUGGGUCGCAAAUGGAACAGCCCUUCUCUCUAGCACAUGGUCUGGCACACACUGUGCUAGGCAGCAGAGGCAAUAACUUCCCUCCUGUCCUCUUUCCCAGUUCAAGGAGCAUCUUCUUCUCUUUCACAUAACAGGCACUGGGGCUGGAAAAGUCCAUAGCGAUGGAGAAGACACUGAGGAAAACUCAGGAUGAAAAUGGCCUGAAAACCAGAGUUAUCCGCGUGGGCACCAGGAAGAGUCAGCUGGCCCGGAUUCAGACAGACAGUGUAGUGGAAAUGCUCCGCAAGCGAUACCUCAACCUUCAUUUUGAGAUUGUUGCCAUGUCAACAACUGGAGACAAGAUCCUGGACACUGCUCUUUCCAAGAUUGGAGAGAAGAGCCUCUUUACCAAGGAGCUGGAAAAUGCACUGGAAAGAAAUGAAGUUGACCUCGUUGUUCACUCCUUGAAGGACCUACCAACUUCGCUCCCACCUGGCUUCACCAUUGGGGCCAUCUGCAAAAGGGAAAACCCCCAUGAUGCUGUCGUUUUUCAUCCAAAGAACGAUGGGGAAACUCUCAACAGCCUUCCUGAAAAGAGUGUGAUUGGAACCAGUUCGCUUCGGCGAGCAGCUCAGCUCAAAAGGCGGUUCUCUCAUCUGGAAUUCAGGGAUAUUAGAGGAAAUUUAAACACUCGCUUGAAAAAGCUGGAUGAAAAGGAGGACUUCAGUGCCAUAAUUCUGGCGGCUGCUGGACUGAGAAGGAUGGGCUGGGAGAAUCGUAUUGGUCAGAUCCUAAACCCUGAAGAUUGCCUUUAUGCUGUUGGGCAGGGUGCCUUAGCAGUAGAGGUCCGAGCUAGAGACGAAGAGAUACUGGAUAUGGUAUCUGCCUUGCAUGAUGGGGAAACGGUGCUAUGCUGCAUUGCCGAAAGAGCCUUUAUGAGACACUUGGAGGGUGGAUGUAGCGUUCCUGUAGCAGUCAGUACCAUGCUGAAAGACUCCCAGAAUGAAGAGGGACCCAAUGAUAAUACACAGUAUGUUGGCAUCACAGCCAACAACAUUCCUCGUCAUGCUCAGGAGGCCGCAGAGAACCUGGGUGUUGAACUAGCCAGCUUACUGCUGAGCAAGGGUGCUAAGCGUAUCCUCAAUGUUGCAAGGCAGCUGAAUGAUGCCCGAUAGACACUUCAUUCCCACCCACCAGCUGCUCUUGCAGUUGGCAUAAUUCCUGCAUGGUCAGAAGUUGGACAGAAAAAAGCCAUGGACUUUGCUGCUGCACUGUUAUCCUCCCUUAGGUAGAGUCUCUUAAUUUACACUCACAUCCCAUUUUCUUUGUGGAUCUGAAAACAAAACUUAAAAUAUUAAACUCUAUAAUUUGAGUAGUUAAUGCCUGUUCAGAGGAUACAAAUCCUAUUUGCAGUUUCUCCUCUGAGCUAUCUUUUGGGGUGGUUUGUUUCAGCAACUUGUUUACCCCAAAACUAUAAGCAAGUUCUUUUGAAUACAGUAACAAAAAUAACUCCAUAUAGGAAAUAAUACUAAAAUGGUAAGGGGUAAAAGGCGCCCUUUUUGGCUCAUCUACACUUAACCAGGGAUCAACGUGUGGUAAUCGAUGCAUUGGUGGUCGAUUUAGCGGGUCUACUUAAGAUCCACUAAAUUGACUGCAGAUUGCUCAACUACUAUACUCCACCUGAGGGAGAAACACAAAGGGAGUGGACAGGAGACCUAGCAUAGUAUGGACCCCUCCUGGUAAGUAGAUCUAAUCAUGUUAAUAUCCACUACAUUAUUCAUGUAGCUGAAGUUGCGUAACUUAGAUUGAUCUUCCCACAUAGUAUAGACAAUGCCUGAAUUAAGUCUAGCCUACACAUACCUCCUUUGGGCUUAAUCCUGUGCCCUUCAAUAACUGGCAGUUGAUUAAUAUGUGCCAAAUAAGGCCCUUAAUGACCUCCAUUGUAUUUAUAUUUAAAUAGAAGAACCAACAUUUCUGCACGCAAGGAAUCUUAUGGAUGAUGCAAGGACAAAUUUCUAUUCACUGCCAUAUAAAUCAAUACUACUUGAAC